AUGGCUCAACUAGACUGCGACAUAUCUCCAACUGAUAGUACAUUCGGCUACAAGGAAAACAAUGAUGAUUCUUCAGCAGACACACAAGAGGCAUUUCUCGACAUGCUUGGCUUGUCUGGAGGCAUGCCAAUUGGAGACGAAAUAAAAGAUGAAGAAGAAAUAAUGGAGGAAUCGUCAACUGCCACCAACAAGGCUUCGAGCAAAUAUCGCCAUCAAAUCAUCCCAUUACCAGCUCGGUGUUCCCGGUAUCUUUACCCACCCGAAAAAUGUUUGGCUCUUUCCAUCAACAAUUUCUUUUCCAAAGCGGAGUGCGACCAGAUUGUCCAACGGGCGUCGACGGCCACCGAAACAGGCUUUCGAUACAUUACAGAGGCAUCGCACAUUUCGCCCGACGGGACACCAUACCCGGUGAAGAUACAUAAUCCCAAUCCACACAAGCUUUCCGUCUUUGAUCAUCCGCCCACCAUUUCGAGAAUGUGGAGCAAGCUCAAUACUUUUGUCCAUCCUUUGAUCGAGGACUUUAUAGAGCGCGAGCAAUGUGGUCCAGCGUUGGGCUUAAACCCCAGAAUACGAGUGCUACGAUAUGAUUUCAAGGACAAUGAUAGAUUCGAGCCUCAUUUCGACGCGACAACCAUGGUAGGAACGACCAAGCAGUCUCUGUUGACAGUACUCCUGUAUUUAAACGAUGGUGGAGGUGUUGAUUUUGAAGGCGGUGAAACGCUGUACCUCGAUUCGCAUAUUUCCUCAAAGCAGCAAAUUGAAUCAACCCUAGAAAAGUCGACAGCUGGCAUUGUCAAGGUCACACCAGAGACAGGAAAGGUUGUUAUUUUCGAACAUGAUCUGUACCAUUCUGGAGCUCCCCUGUACAAAGGGACAAAGUAUGUGUUGCGAACGGACAUCGUAUUUGCGAAAAAGGACGACGACAGCAAAAUCAAUACCGGAUUUGAAGAGAAAGCUACCAGCGACAAUGAAGAUGAAUCUUCAAAUGUAUUGUUGGUCUCAGGCUUGUGCGAGGAUUUGGGAUUGUCCGAACAAAUGAAGGAUAGCCUGAACAAAAUGGGAAUGCUAGAAAUGACGAUGGAAUCGUUUUUGGCACCUGGUAUCACACUACUGACAGUCAUGCUCCGAGAAGAGCUUGGGGACUCCGAAACUGUGGAUUUGUUGGUACGAACGGCCUGCAAAUUGUUGAAGAAGUAA